AUGGAAAGAGAUAAUCAUGAACAUGAACAUGAACAUGAUCAUGAAGAUGACCAUGAAGAUGAUGACUCAAAUCUCUCUGAAUAUAUUGAAGUAGAUGAGAACUAUCUCAUUGCAGAUGAAGAUGAGGAUUUGAUGUACAAUGAUGACGAUGACGAUGACGACCAGGAUGAUGAAGAAGAUGAAGACGAUGAUGAAGAUGAUGACCAAGGACAAAAUAUACCAUUGGACCCAAAUGAUCAGGAGUUCAUUAGACAGUUGGUUAACAACCCUCAACAAUGGGUAGGGUCCCUUUUCGAUCGUUUGGGAGAGAGCUUAAGCUCAUUGGUCAGACCACCCGCAGCACCAUUGGACGACGAGAUGGAUGACUAUGUUCCAGAGACAUCCGAGCAGGCCAACACAAUACGUAGACUCAAGCAGAUCAAGGCAUUCGACCUCUUUGCCACGCCAACUACAACAUUGGACGAUCACAACACAACAGAGCUAUUCAAUCAUCUUAAAGUCAUAUCAUUGUCCAGCUUUGACCGACCAUUCACCAAGUUUGUCCAAGACACAACACUCUAUCUCACAUCAGGUCAUUUGGGCAAGAACAGAUAUGAGGAGAUCAAGAAUAAUCAGAAGGUACCUGUUUGUGGAAAGGUAUUCAUCACAUCAGAAUGGGCCUUCCAAUGCAAGCAAUGCCAGGAGGACGAGACGAGUAUACAGUGCGAGAAGUGUUUCAGGAGCAGCAACCAUGAAGGCCAUGAUGUGUUGCGUGUGCGCGUUGGAGGCGGAGGCUGCUGUGACUGCGGUGACAAGGACUCGUGGAAAGCCACCGGUUUCUGCACUGAGCAUCGCGACAUUGUACAAUCGGACGAGGAGGCACUUGCCCCCUUGAUACAAUUUGGACCUGGACACAUUGCCAAGAGCGAGCGACUACUUGGCAUCCUACUCGAUCUCAUCCUACUCGUCCUCGACAAGAAGAUCGACAACGACCUCUUUGGCAACAACAAACUCUACUUCCAUUACAGCAACGGCAAGAGGGAUACCUUUGAUGUUUUGAUGCCCGAUGAGAUGUAUGGCGUGCUGAUCCACAACGACUCAACUAACACAUUCGAGGGAGUGUCUGGCGCAUUGAAGUUUGCUUCCAACAUUCCAGAUAUCACUGUUGCGAUGUGUGGCGAGUAUGCACAUUACGUACAUAUGAAUGAACAGUGCGUGGUCUUUGUCGGCACCAAAGAGCAGUGCAACGUAUUCGUCAGCAAAAUGGCAGAGAAGAUCACAUUGAAGUGCACACUAUCCAAGCGCUUCAAAUUGUUCCCAUUCUCCAACCUGGACAUCCUGCUCAAGAUGUUUGCCCAUCUCUCUCAGCUCAAUUGCUUCAAGCGCAUCUUUUGCAACCUUCUCACUCGUCCCACUGGCUCCUUCCACCACAAUGAUGGUCGCACUCUCGACCCACGCGCCAGCCGUCUAGCACGAUUCUUUGUCUCCUUCCAGACAUUGCCCAGGACAAAGCAGGGCGUGCUCAAGGACUGGCUGUUCUCUUUGACAUUCGACAGAUCGUUCAAGGUGGACUUCUCAGUGUGCUAUGGACUCAUGUAUCCAAACAUCAUUGAGAACUUUGUCAAUGACAUAUUCGAUUAUGAAUACUCCCUACUCUCACUGUCCAUCCAGAUCUUCACCAUCCCAUUCCUGGCCACAUCCCUUGCCGAACAUCAUGGACAACUUGACAUCUUCUUCAACUACAUACGCGAUGCAGUACCCAAGUAUGCCGUCAAGGAUAACUUGACACCCCUAACGUUCACGAGUGUGUUGGACAGGAAGUACAACUUUGAGAGAUUCAAGCUUACACUCUCUGACCUCCAAUACCUCAUCUCGGUCAAGCCUAUCUUCAAGAACAUGAUGUUGAAUGAUCCAAGAAAGAUCACACCACUCCUGCAGUUAUUGGCAUUGUUCCAUCUCUCCCAUCCCAACGUUCGUUCGACUGAAGAGUACAAAGAGUCAAACACAUGGACAGUAUUCUUUGUGGACACUAUAUUCUUGAUCAAGAUAUUCACAUCGAUACUCAAGUCAUUGAUACCACAUGGAGUGGUUGGUGAGGAUGAUGUCGUGGCGUUGACAAAGACAGUCGAUAUGUUGUGCUACACAGCAUCACAGAUGCCAAGACGAUGCGAUGGCAUAUCGAUCAACCUGCCCGUGCACAGAUGUCUUGCCAUGGCACUCACGCUGGCCAUCCAGCAUCACGAUCAAAACAGAUUCACACAGAUUGCCAAGUCAUUGUGGGAGGAUGACGUACUUGCCGAGACACUACUCUACGGCCUGGCCAACAUUGACAACCUGAUCGCCGAGAGCAAGUCACGCAUGUGGCUGAGGAAUGGCACCUCCCUAGAGUUGCAGAUCGUCAACUACACUUCACAAGUCUUCCACCGUCAGUUCACCAUCGAGCAUGACUUUGCCCUCAAACAGAUAAUAUGUUGCUCAUUGAGGUCUGAUCGAUUCUUGCGCGUGUACAUGAGUCACUUUACAAAGUUGGACAACUUGUUGAAGCAGACGGAUAUUACUUUGGCACUGGACAACAAUGAGAUUGGUGUACUUUCAAACUUUUAUCGAUCGCUCAUCACUUUGAUAUCGGACAGGUCAUUGGUCGGCCAACAGACUACAUUGGAUAUCAUAAGAUACGAUGUGAUUCAUCAGUUGUUCAUCAAGAAUCGCACGUUCACCAAGCUAGCCCACCUCGUCGGCAUUGAGAAGGGCGUUUCGACCAAUGCCAAGGACUUGGAGAACGUCCUGAAGCAGGUGGCCACAUUCAUGCCGCCAACCAAGCUCAGCGAGCAGGGCAAGUUCGCACUCAAACAAGAGUACUACAGCAAGUUCAAUAAGUACUAUUUUGGUUACUCGACCAAGUACCGCGAGAAGGCCGAAGAGAUCGUCCAGCAGCACUACAAGACUAAGGGCGCCGCUGCCAACGAGGAGUUGCGCAGGGUCCCCAUCGAGGCGCUCGCGCCACUCAAGCCACAGUUUGCCGAGAUAAGCAAUAUCUUUGUGUCGCCACUAUUGUACCGCAUCAUCUACAACUCGCUCUACCAGUGCGUCGUGCCAUCGUUGACUGAUGCCACGCCCUUGGACGAGUACGAUACGCAGCGUCGUUCAAUCGAGAGAUCCGACGUUAUCGAUCACAUCAUUCACAUGAUGUUCCUCGCACUCGACUCGCACCCCGAUCGCAUCGACUACAUCAAGCAGCAGUGCUCGAACAAGACCCACAACGAAAGCAACACGUCGAUUGUGGACAUGCUCAUAGCCAUCCAUGCGGACAGCGCCCGCAAGUACUUCCACCCAUCGAUUGUACAGCUGCUCAAUCGUCUGGAGGAGUCGAAGCAAUUGGAGGCCAACAGCUUGCGCGUUUCGGCGUCCGAGCAAGAGGACAUUGAGAAGCACAACCGCAUGCUGCAGGCCAAGCGCAAGGUGUUGGAGCAGUUCAGCACGCAACAACAGAAGUUCUCGAUGCUGUUACAGGACGAGGACAUCUCGGACGAGGAGGACGCCGCUGGUGAGGUGAUCGCCGACAAGAAGGGCGUGUGCAUCCUGUGUCGCGAGGAGAACUACUACAAUGACCUCAACAACCCCAUUGGAUACUUCUGUCUCAUGCAGUCGACGCGAUUGAUGAAGGUGCUGGAGGAGCGCAAUAGCCUCGAGCCCGAGUAUGGCAUCGUGGACAAGACCGAGCAGGAGCUGUUCGCCAAGCGUGUCCGUCUACAGAAGUUUGGUAACUACAAGGGUGAGACGGUACUGCAGCUGUGCGGCCACGCCGUCCAUGUGGCGUGCUAUAACAAGAUGGAGAAGGUCUCUGCUCCAGGCAAGCAGUACGUCGUGUGUCCUCUCUGCCAGUCGUUCUCCAACGCGAUCAUGCCACCCAUACCCAAUGGAUUCUCAAUCUUUGGCGAGCUUAGCCACAGCACACUGUACAAGGACCCAUCGUUCAAGGACUCCAAGCUGCACCAGUGCUUCAAGACCUUUGGCGACUCGAUGGCCAAGCAUCUGUACGGCAACUCGCAGUCGAUCAUCCGUGUGUUCCAGUCAACGCUGGACAACAUUGAGUUCAUCUCGCGAAGCAACCAGUGGAGCUUGGAGCAGGCGACCACACAGGCAAGCCUGCAGACAUUGAGAUCACUGUUGGAUGUCAUCUUCAUCUACAUAUCCGUGCUCAAGGGUACGCACUACUCUGAGAUUGAGUACGGUAAGGAGUCACCAUUCAAUCAGCUACUCAAUCAAUUGUUUGUUCCAUUGGCCUCGCAGGGACAAAUCCAAUCACAGACGCACUACAUGAGCGCAACUGCAAGUCUGUUUGAUCAACACUUCAAUGGUGGAUCAUCGGUCGAUUCGACAACUACCACGACCACGACCACGACAACGAGCAUGUCAACCUCCAUUCCAAUGUCAACAUCACCAGACAAGCCUGCUGCUUUCAAUGACGUUGACACACAGUUCUACGAACAGACAGUGUUCUUGAGGAAGUUGGCCAUCUUGGACAAGGUGUUGGGCGUGUCCAGACAUCUUCCAGCCGCAUGCUUGUUGUCCCCCUCCUAUCUCACUGGAUUGAUCGCACACUUGAACUCAAGCGAGCACCGUCAAAAGAGUGUGCAUCAUCAGUUCACCUCAAAGCUCGAUCUAUCAAAGCUGUCUGGCGACAUUAUCGAGCGCCAGCCGCCACACUUCAGCCUAGCUCGUCUGCCAGAGAACUACGACGAUAUAUUGCGACCCACUUUCAAGUGCAAGAAGUGUGAUAGCACUCCAGAGAGAGCAGACCGUGCUAUCUGUCUACUCUGCAGCAGGAUUGUGUGUAUUGGAUCUCGUUGUUGUGCUGCACAAAACAACAUACCGGAGCUACUCACUCAUCCCAAAGUAUGUGGCGGCGAUGCUUGCAUCUUCCUCUUUGUGGAGCACUCCUCGAUCAUCGUUGUGUACAACACAUCCUUUGGCCUUCUUGGCUCACCCUACCUAGACUCUCACGGCGAGGAGGACUCUGGCCUGAGGCGUGGAACACCUUUAUUCCUCUCAAAGGAAAGGUACCAACUGAUCAAUAACAUCAUAUUGAAGAGUGAUGUAUCCAAGUCCAUAGAGGGAAAGUCCAGGAAUCAAAUGAAUAUGAUAUUCCAACAGAGAGCCAACAACAAUAUGUAA